CCCGCUCUCUCUCUUUCCCCAGCCACCGCCAAAAUAGUGAAGCGCCACAGCCACCAUAUGGUCCAUAUCCUACCACUGCCUCCGUCUCCAUCACGCACCGCCACCGUGAAGGGCCACAACCACGGAAGCUCGGCUUCCUCUGCGAUCUCCGGCCACUGUCUCUUCGUUUUCUCUGCUCUCUCCGUCUAGAUGGAUCGCACCCUUGCUGAUGAACUCUAUGCAGAUACCUUAGAAGUCUCCAAUGGAGGAUCGGGUCCCAUGGCUAGUGCUGGCCAUAUAUUGGUUGAUUCACAUGAUCACAAGUUGGAUCAUUCAUUGCAUGAUGAUGACUCUUUGUGGGGCAGUUCUCCUGAAGAACAGAAUAAUCUAUUGGAUUUGGACAGGGAGUGGCAACGAAGGCAUGACCAAUUCCAUACGAUUGGAUAUCGUGAUGGCCUCACAGCGGGAAAAGAAGCUUCUGCACAGGAGGGUUUCAACAUUGGCUUUAAGGAAUCAGUAGUUGCUGGAUACAACUGGGGCCUUGUUAGGGGUAUUACCAGUGUAUUUACUUCCCUACCUGAUGGAUUGAGAAAGAGAUUGAUGGAGGCACAAGACGAUAGAGACAAGAUGCAGUCCUUGCAUGAAUCCGUACUCGCUCUCUCGACCGCUGAUUCACUUAAGUUGUUUCACGAUGAAGAUGUAUCGAUGAAAAGAUCAGCAGAAGAGACUGUAGGUGCUGAGGUCAAUCCCCACAUGGCAGGUUCGCAAAGCCAAAGUUCCAGCACUCUGAACAGUUACUUUGGGGAGCUUAAAUCGCUUAUUCUCAAGCAUCCUGCAAUACAAGUGAAUUUGGAAGUAGAUCAAUAGUUGAACAUGGGAAUUAUUCUUUUCACACACUUCAUGUUAUAUAUAAAGUCGAGGAAUGUAUUUAAAACAAGCUCCCAUUUCAAGAUCCUCUUCAUAUUUAUUUAUAAUUUUUUUCAGUGAUCU